AUGUCCCUUCCUCGCUCGCAACAUUCUGUCCUAAAUGCCCUCUAUCCUCAACCUCAGGUUCAAGCCAUUCUGCAGGACCUGGAAGGUCUGCACAAAGGUAGCCAGGUACCUCAAGCAGGGACAGCGUCUCGAGAAUCUCAGUUGGUGGCUAUAGCACCCCCAGAUUCUUAUGGUCGACACGACAAUGCCAAGUCCAAGCGGGAGUUCAAGAAGCUUUCGAAAUGUAUGGGCGACAAGCUGGACAAGGAGAAGGGAAGCAGCAUUGAGGAGCUCGCAGCCCCAGUCUUCAAGUCCAGCCAUUUGAUAGAAAUCUUCUGCCAGCGGGUGGAAGAGAAGGAGUGCAGUCGAGAAGCGAGUCAGAACGCGAAACCAGGCACCAUUAAGCGCAUGCAGCUCACCUUCAGCAUUGACCAGCCUCCGCCUGUCACUGGAGCUCUCUGUACAUGUCCCCGAUAA